AUGCUGAUGCCCAAGAACCAGAUUGUUAUCUAUGAUCUCCUCUUCAAGGAGGGAGUGAUGGUGGCCAAGAAGGGUGUCCACAUGCCCAAGGACCCGGAGCUGUCAGACAAGAACAUGCCCAGCCUGCACGUCAUGAAGGCCAUGCAGUCCCUCAAGUCCCAAGGCUACAAGAAGGACCGGUUCGCCUGGAGACACUUCAUCCGGUACCUCACCAAUGAGGUUAUCCAGUAUCUCCACGAUUACCUGCACCUGCCGCCCGAGAUUGUGCCCACCCUGUGCCGCAGCCAGCCAGAGAAAGGCCUGGAGGGGGAGCCACCUGAAGGGCUCACACAAGGAGAAGCCAGCAGAGACACUUACAGAUGGAGUGCUGUGCCUCCUGGUGCUGACAAGAAAGCUGAGGAUGGGGCUGGGUCAGCAACUGAAUUCCAAUUUAGAGGUGGAUUUGGUCAUGGACGUGGACAGCCAACUCAGUAUAUUUGGAGGAGAUUAUUUUGUGUUAAAUAA